AUGCCAGAAGUACCGGAUCCACGUGUAAUUGAUAAUGCAGAUGGAUCUAAGACGAUUAUUUCUUUCAAGAUCGAGGGUGGGAAAAAACUAAAGGUCACGCAGAGGGUUAAGGAAAUUAAGAUUACUGAAAAGGUGAACAAGUCUAUUGCGGCUAGAAGGAAAUGGGCUAAGUAUGGUGCUGAGGCUAAUUCUCCGCCAGGUCCAAACUUGUCCACGACAAAACUAGGUGAAGAACUGCAUCUAAAAUUGGCCCCUUCGUUGAAGGAACUAAAGGCGCAAGAAGCAAAGGAGAAGGAGAAGGUAAAACAAGAGGGCGAGAAAAGUUUGUAUAUGUGUAGAACAUGUGGUAUGCCGGGUCAUUUUACGAGUAAAUGUCCAUUCAAGGAGAUGUUGGGAGAAUCUGGUAGCACAGAAGAAAGAGAAGCCCCUGCCGAUGUGGCGACAGAGUCGUCUGCAGCACCUAUGGCAACUACUCCGGGCAAAUAUGUACCACCAUCCCGUCGUGCAGGUGGUCGCGACCCAUCUUCUGAUGCUUAUAAAGAUCAAAGAGAGCGCGAUGAUGCGAUGACAUUGAAGAUUACUCAAUUGAAUGAAAACGCGGACGAAAUGACUAUUAAACAGAAGCUGCUAACGCCGUUCCAAACAAUCCCAAGGGUUGCUGUAGUCCGGAAUAAGGAAACCGGUAGAUCCCGUGGUAUUGCAUAUGUUACAUUCUCGUCCGAGCACGAGGCUGAAACUGCUUUGCGUUUGUUAGAUGGUAGGGGUUUCAUGAAUUUGAUUCUACACGCUGAAUGGUCGAAGCCCAAGAAAUAA